ACCCGCGUCCGCCUCUUCCUCCUUCAUCAUCACCAUCGCCUCCCAUCAUCACCACCUCACCACCAACCCUGCUCGCCGCCUCACCACACUGCCGUAAUCAACCCCCGAAUCCCUUCGCCUCUGUCGCUGCCGCUGCACCCUACCACCAGCGCCAUGGCUCCUCAAGCCAAGUCCACCGACGGCCGUCGCAAGUCUGGCAGCAAGUCUGGCUUGCUCGUCACUCUCAACGUCUCGCCUGCCAAGUUACGCGAGAUUUUCGGCCUCGAGCCCCAACCCGUCAAGGAAGAGUCCCCCGAAAAGGACAUCAAGGAGAACACCAACUCGCCCGUCCCCGACGCCCCGGCCGCGCAGCCAGCUACUAGUGGUUCCAACGCCGACAAUGCGUCCGACUCCAACGCUGCAACUCCAGCCGCCGAAGGCACCAACGGCGAAGGCACUCCUGCGCCGUCUGCCAUGGGUCCUCCCACAGAUGGCCCCAAGAAGAAGGGCGUCAAGCGAUCGGCACCCAAUGGCAACGGCACGAUCGAUGGUGUUCCCAAGCCUCGAGGAAAGCCCGGCCCCAAGAAGAAGCCGCGACUGGAGGACGGCACGAUCGAUCACGCCAGCGCCGCCAACCGAGGAGGUGCUGGUCACAAGCUUGGUCCCAAGGCAAACCAGGGUGCCAUCAACGCCGGCCUGCGCGCACUCGACCGCUCCGGCAAGCCCUGUCGCAAAUGGGCCAAGGGCGGCUUCACUCUCAAGAGCUUUACUGGCGUCGUUUGGGAGAUUCCACGCUGGACAGCGCCUCAGAAGAACAGUGUUGAGUCUGGCACCGAGGACUCGACGACGAUUCCUUCCGCCGACAGCAGCAGCAAGGAGAACAAGGAGAAUGGACAAGAGGGAAACAGCGCCAGCAACAGCAACGUCGCCGGUGACGUUGAGAUGCAGAGCGCCCCCAGCAUCAACGAUUCCUCGCCUGCGCCAAUGGCCAUCGCUGCGGCUUCAUAAUGAUGAGCCUUCAACCCGGCUUCUUGGCGUCCUCAUCUAAGUAGGACUGACCUAUUGUAUAAGGCCCAUGACGGUGUUUCAGCAUAACACAGAGUUGGCGCUCGACCCUCUAAAGGGACGAGGCCAUUUCUCUCUAGACUCUAGUGCAGAGAGAGGGCGUCUG